ACGUAAAUAUCACAAGUUGUAUUAAGUUUCUUGUUAAGAUGUGCUGCACAUGCUGCUUAUUAAGAUGUACAGCUUAGAGUAUGAUACAAGGAGAAGAAGGGAUAUUUAAUGUCAGAGGCCAGGUGUGAUGUAUAGGUAAAGAACUGGGAUAUCUAGAUGAAGAUGGAAGUAACUCGCUGUAUUCCAAGCUGCUAUAUGUGCCUGUAACUUUCAAUUCCAGUACUGUAUGACAAUACUGUACAUCAUAUUAAAGUCAGUGACUAAAAUGUUCAAGAAAAGCAGCGUUUUGGUUGGAUCUCAACAAUAUAGAAUCCUCAGGAGGGGGUGUGCCCAGUAUGGCUUUGUUCCAAAGCACAGCCCAUGUCAGGAUUGGGCACUGGCCCAGAUGCAAGAGUUUAUCAACAGUAAUAAGAAGUUGUUUGUGCUGACUGGAGCAGGCAUCUCGACAGAGAGUGGCAUUCCAGACUACCGCUCAGAAGGAGUAGGUUUAUAUGCAACUAGCACCAAAAGGCCUGUGCAGAUUAAGCACUUCAUGGAAUCAUCUAAAGCUCGGCAGAGCUACUGGGCAAGAAAUUACAUGGGAUGGCCACGAUUCUCAUCCUUUAAACCAAAUAUAUCACACACAACUCUAGCUGAGUGGGAGAGGAGAGGAAAAAUUCACUGUAUUGUAACCCAGAAUGUUGAUCGAUUACAUCAUAAGGCAGGAAGUUGCAAGGUUCAUGAACUUCAUGGUACAGCGUUCAACGUGAUAUGCAUGACCUGCAACCAUAUGGUCGCUCGUCACACCUACCAAAGUAAAUUGAGAGAAACUAACCAACAUAUGUCUGCGGUGUCCCUGGAAAUACGACCUGAUGGAGAUGUUGAACUCACCAAGGAAGAAGUAAAUAAUUUUCAAGUACCUCCUUGUGAGCAAUGUGGAGGAAUCAUGAAGCCUGAUAUAGUAUUCUUUGGUGAUAAUGUUCCAAGAAGUCGUGUGAACAAAAUUCAGCAAGAAUUGGCCACCUGUGAUGGUCUGUUAGUACUUGGAUCAUCAUUGUUUGUUUAUUCAGGUUACAGGUUUAUUCUACAAGCAGCAGAAUCGGGAAUUCGUAUUGGUGCAGUCAACAUUGGGGCAACACGUGGUGACAAACAUAUCUCACUCCAUGUCAAUGCUCGCUGUGGGGAAGUGUUACCUCAGCUUAUUGUAUGAUACAGCUUAUUAUAAAUAUAAAGCAGAAUUGCAACUCUUGUAAUCUUUUAAAUUUGGGAAAAUUUUUAAAUUAAAAUGUGUACAAUAUAUAA